CUCUUUCUCUUUGUUUUCCUUAAAAAAAAAUAAAAUAAAAUGAUACAGACUUCUUUGAUUAUCUUGUUGUUUUUUUAUAUAACAAUGAUUUAUGCUGGUCCUGGCACACAUCAAUAUACUCAUCAUUCAAACUAUGGGGAUGAAAAAAAUAAUAAGCAUCAUAUUGAGGAACAUAUUCAAUCAAUGUUGAAUAAUUCCUCAACGACACCAAUUAGUAACGAUGAUAUGAUUUAUUACUUGUUUGUUAUUCAUGAUGUAAAUGGGGAUGGAUAUUUAGAUGGACAUGAAUUAAGAAGUGCUUUUACAGACUUUGAUAGCAAUGAGCCAAUUCCUUCCUUAGAAGAAGUGACAGAAAUGGUUGACCAUGUUAUGUUGGAAGAUGAUAAAAAUGGAGAUGGGUUAAUAUCUUGGAAUGAAUACCUUGAAAGUCAACUUUACCAUGAAGAGUAACUUUAAUGUUUCAAAUUGUUUUACUCCUCUUUUUUUUUUUUUUUUUU